AUGCUAUUUGAUCUCCUGGUCCAAAACUGCGUCUCCUCCACCGGCGCCGUCAUCAUUGAGGCGGCGCCGUUCUCCUGCACGCGCUGCAACUUCCUGCGCAACGCCGCAAGCGCCGGCGGGGGCGUCUAUGUGAGGGGCACCAACACCGUCGCAAACCUCACGGACUGCGUGUUCUCGGCAAACACCGCGGCGGACGUUGGCGGCGGCGUGUCCGUCGGCGGCCUCGCGACGCUCGUCGUCAGGCGCACAACUUUUGACAACAACAGGGCCGUCGCGGCGGGCGGCGGCCUCCACUUCGACGCCGGCGACGACCUGUAUGUUCAGCAGUGCUCGUUCGUCGGGAACAGCGUCGACCAGGCCACGACCGCGCUCGGCGGCGGCGCGUUCGUCGACUCGCGCGCGGUCGCCACCGCGACGCCCUUCACGACGAUCCUCAUCCACUCCACCACGUUUUAUAAUAACGAGUUUCCCAACAACCCUACCCAGUCGGGGCAGGGGUCCGGGCUGUACCUCAACCUGAGGCAAGGGCCGCCCGCCGUUGCGAGCGUCAUCAACUGCAUCCUCUGGCGGGACGGCGUCAACGCCUUCUCCGUCUACUACACGCCCUCCUUCUCCCUCAACAACCCCAGCAUGCCUUUCAGCCACAACGACUGGGCGGGCGCAGUCGCCGCCGGCGCCGUCGGCACGAACGGCACGCUCGAGGUCAGCCCGCUGCUGCGCUCGGUCACGUACCCGCGGCCAGCCGGCCAGCAGGGGCCGACGACCUUCUGGGUCCCCCCGGCGUCCAGCGCCGUGGUCGACGCGGGCGUGAACACUGGCGGCGACGCAGCCGACAUCCGCGGGCUGGCCCGCGUCGUCGGCGCGGCCGCCGACAUUGGCGCCGCCGAGAACCAGGCGCCCAUCCUUGCUGCAAACCUGAGCGCGACACUCAACGAGGACACCGUCCUCAACGUGCCCGCGCCGGGCGUGCUCGGCGGUGCGGUCGACGCUGACCUGGACCCAAUCAAGGUUUCAGUUGUCCCUGGCGGGGCCCCCAACAACGGCACGCUUACCUUGGCGGCUGACGGAUCCUUGCAGUACGUCCCAAACCCCAACUAUUUCGGGACCGAUGGGUUCGUCAUCCAGGCGUCGGACGGGGGCCGGUUCAGCGCUCCGCAGCGUGUGACCCUCACUGUCGUGCCGGUUCCGGAUGCGCCAAUCGCGGGCAAUGUUACGUACGGCGUGAACCAGGACAUCCCAUUGUCUAUACCAGCGCCUGGCGUGCUCGUCCGCUCCGUCGACAACGACCCGGGCGACAAGCUGACCGCGGUCUUCAAAUCUAACGGGCCGCUCAACGGCGUGGUGUCGCUGUCGCCCGACGGCUCCUUCAUCUACACGCCCAACCGCGAGUUCUCUGGCGUGGACGGCUUCGAUUUCUCGGUGCUGGACUCUACCGUCCCCAACCAGCUCCCCAACAUCACCGACCUGGUGUUCGUCACCAAGGAGAGCACCCCGCUGGCCAUCCCCGCGGCCGCGGGCGUCCUGGCCACCGCCAGCGACCCCGACGGGGACCUGCCGCUGACCGCGUUCAUCCUGCCGGGCAACGAGGCCCAGCGCGGCGUCGUGAAGCUGGAGCUGGACGGGUCCUUUGUGUACGAGCCGAUUCUCGGCUUCAACGGCCUCGACAUUUUCAGGUUCACGGUCAGGGACAAGAGGAACGGGACGGUGACACGCCAGGCCUUCAUCAAUAUCAUCCCCAACCAGCCCCCUGUCAGCACCGAUCUGUCCUUUGUUGGCAAGGAAAGCGUUGCCCUGACUGUCAGUGCAGCAAACGGCGUGCUAUCCGCAGCCAGCGACCCCGACGGAGACCUGCCGCUGGCCGCUUUGGUCUUGGCGGGCAACGGCCCCACGCAAGGCACGCUGAACCUUCAGGCGGACGGGUCUUUCACAUACAUCCCCAUCCCCGGCUUCAACGGCAUUGAUGGCUUCAACUUCACCGUGAGAGACCAGAGGGGUCGAUUUGUCACCCGCCAAGCUCAACUUAUCAUGGUACCCGACCAACUUCCGGUUGCUAAUGACCAAGCGUACAUCGUCAAGGAGGGCUUCAACUUAACCGUCAACGCUGCAAGCGGGGUGUUGUCCAACGCCAGCGACCCUGAUGGGGAUAUCGACUUGCCCCUCGGGGCCUUGAUCUUGGCAGGCGGUCUUCCAACGCGCGGCAACCUAAACAUGCAAGCAGACGGGUCCUUCACGUACUCUCCGCUCCCGGGGUUUAACGGCAUCGACUCCUUCAACUUCACAGUGAAGGACCAGAGGGGUCGGUUUGUCACGCGCCGAGCGGUCAUCACAGUUGUGCCAAAGUUUGCGCCCAAUGCCCUGGACGUAUCCUUCAGGACUAAGGAAGACACACCCCUCACCCAGUUCCCGCCGGGCGUGCUGCAGAACGCAAGCGACCCGGACGGCGGUGCGCUGACAGUGCAACUCGCAUCGCUGCCGUUGCGCGGCAACGUCAGCCUGUUCCCAGACGGUUCUUUCCUCUACACGCCUGUUGCGGGCUUCGCUGGAGAAGACGGUUUCAACUUCACGGUUGUGAACCCGAAUCGCCUGUUUGUAGUGCGCCGCGCAUCCAUCACAGUCGAGGCCGUGGAAAAACCCCCCAAGGUGGUCGCACCCCCUGUCUACAACGUCUCGAAGAACACUGUCCUGUUCCUGUCAACGUCUGACUGGGUAGCGCAGCCGGGCGCCGCCUUAUCCAGCACUGGAGCCACCGCUCGCGCGUCAGUUGCUCUCGCCAGCCAGCCAGACCAGUCAAAAGCGUCGCUGACAAUUGAUGGCGGGAUUGCGCAGUUCGUUCCGCAGUUCAGGGUCGUGGGGAAGAGCACGUUUGGCAUCGUGGCGCGCUCGCCGAGCGGGCUCACUUCGGCCACCGUCCCAGUGACAGUGAAUGUGCUGAGAUCCAGCCCGAAGCUGGCGCAGCCGACCGUCACCGCCCUGAAGAUGCGUGUCAACGGCUGCCUGCCUGCGGACGUCCAAAUCGACGCCGUCAGCGUGACCGCGGGCCUCUUGCGCGUCGUGACCAACAAGCAGGGCGCCACAGCCGACUACGGCAUCCCGGGGCGCGUCAAGAUCACCGCCCUGCCUUUGAACGCUACCGUGACUAAUGCGGUGGAGACCAAGUGCAGCUUCUUGGUGCUGGCAAGGCUGGGUGCGUCGGGGUCGUUUGAUAUCAAGAAGCAGGGCUGCAAGUCUUGCUAUCGCUGCAUGAAGGCGCUCAGGUUCAAGUGCGGGGAGACGUACAAGCUGCGCGUGCAGGCGCGGAAUUGGGGCGGCAUGCGCACGAGCGCUUGGUCGGCUGACCUGCCAGUCAAGGCCGAAUGCUCCCCGAGGGCGGCCGUGUGCUACGCAUAA